AUGGCGGUUGGACACGAUUUAAGUGUCAGUUCACAAAAGGAUAUACCAGUCAAUGAGAAGGCUGGUCCGAUAGAAAAAUGGACUACGAGGCCCGAUGGCACGAUUGAUGAUGUUUUUAAAUCAGAGCUUGUCGCGGAUUGGACCGCUAGUGAAGAGAAGUUAGCUCGUCUGAAGGUCGACUUCUCCCUCCUUCCUGUGGUAGCUCUUGCUUUCUUUGCUUUACAAAUUGAUCGAGGCAAUAUCUCCAAUGUCUUAACGACAACUAUAACUACCGACGUUGGUAUCACGACGAAUCAAAUUAAUGUUGGAACACAAUUGCUGUCUGCCGGAAUUGUGAUUCUUGAGCUGCCCUCAAAUAUUUUUCUCCAGAAGAUUGGACCUCAAAGAUGGUUAUCGAUCCAAAUAUUCGCUUGGGGACUGGUCGCAACCUUCCAAGCCUUCAUUACAAACUAUGCCGGGUAUCUGGUUACUCGCAUUCUUCUGGGCUUGUGUGAAUCUGGGUUCAUUCCAGGCGCACUCUACUACAUCUCGACAUGGUACAAGACCGACGAAACGAGCACUCGCUUUACCUACUUCUAUAUUGGACAAAUGAUCUCUUCUGCAACUUCGAGUUUGAUGGCUUCAGGGAUCCUCAAACUAUCCGGGAAAUGUGGACUCAAAGGAUGGCAAUGGAUUUUCCUUAUUGAGGGCUUGAUCUCCAUUUUUGCAGGCCUUUUAUUCUUACUGCUCCUUCCACCUCGCGUCGGUGACGGUCGGCCUCUGCUUUCAAAAAUUACUGGUGGUCGCUGGUCCUACUACACUGACCGAGAAGCGGAGAUUCUGCGGAAUCGUGUUCUUAUUGAUGACCCCAAGAAAGCCAAAGGCAAAAUCCAGAUCACUAGGUCGGAUAUUACUCAGACUCUACGAAGCCUGACUCUUUGGCAACAUGGCUUGAUUACUUUGGUGUCAAUGUCUGCGGUGCAAGGUUUUGGCCAAUAUGCGCCUACGUUGAUUAAGUCUUUUGGAUUCGGCACUAUCAAAGCGAAUGCCAUGGCAUCUGUUUAUAUCUGGUGUGCAAUUGUCUGGGCUCUGCUCAUGUCUUUGCUCAGUGACAAAUUCAAUCGACGUGGACCUUUCGUGUUAUUGUCUAUAACAUGGAAUGCCAUCGGCUACUCUUGUUUGAACACCCUCCCGGACUAUUCUGACAAAUGGCAUAAAUAUGGCACCCUCACUGCGGCUGGAAUUUCAUACGCAAGUGUUCAUUUCCUGAACGUUAGCUGGCUUUCGGUAAAAUGCAAAACCCCGCAGCAACGAAGCGUUGCUAUGGCGUUCAUCAUCAUGGCUGCCAACCUGUCCGGAAUUUCCGGAUCACAAAUUUUCCGCACGGAAGAUGCGCCCGCAUACAAACAAGCUCUUGUUGCUAUUGCUUCACUCUCGGGAGCUGCGUGGGUUCUUGUCUUGGCUCUCUGUCUGCAAUAUCUAUACAAGGAACGGAGGGCACCCAAGGAAUCGCCUAGUGACUCUGAGGAGAUUGAACAAUAA